GAGAGAGAGAGAGAGAGAGAUUGAACACCAUGAGCGUUCUGUUGCAAAUUCUACUUGCUUUACUGGUCUCCCUGCUUGGAGGACUUUACAUUCUUGGAGCCUUUCGUCGACAAAGGUCUGGAGAACCUCCUCUGGAUAAAGGUCCUCUCCCAUGGCUGGGACAUGUUCUGGAGUUCAGGAGGGACACUGCAAAGUUUCUGGAGAGGAUGAGAAAAAAGCACGGGGAUAUUUUCACUGUACUGCUAGGAGGGUUUUACUUCACCUUCAUCAUGGACCCACAUUCUUUCGGCUUAGUGAUUAAAGAGGCCCGGAACAAGAUGGACUUUUCUGAGUUUGCCAAGUUCCUGGUCAGGCGUGUUUUUGGCUACCAUCACAUAGAAGAAGACCACAAGCUCAUUCAGGCAUCCAGCAACAAGCAUCUGAUGGGUGAGGGCCUGGUGGUGUUAACGCAAUCGAUGAUGAACAACCUACAGAACCUCAUGCUGCACAGUAUCGGGUCUGGAAAUGAUAAUGAUGAAAGGCAGUGGCAGGAGGACGGGCUCUUCAUUUACUGUUACAACAUUGUGUUCCGUGCUGGAUAUCUGGCACUUUUUGGAAACGAAGUGGCAAAUACUUCAAAAAGUGCGUAUAAAGCAAAAGAAGCUGACCGAAACAAAUCUAAUGAGCUCUUUUAUGAGUUUCGUAAAUAUGAUAGACUUUUCCCAAAGCUGGCCUACGGAGUUCUGGGACCAUCUGAGAAAAUAGAAGCAGAAAGGCUGAAAAGGCUUUUCUGGAAAGUCCUCGCAGUGGAGGAAAUAAAGACCAAAGAGAACAUAAAUGACUGGGUGUCUGAAUCCUAUGAUGUGCGUGCUGAGCAUGGAGUGCCCGAAUCCAUGCUGGACAGAUACAUGUUCCUGCUCCUGUGGGUGUCCCAGAGUAACACAGGUCCCACAUCAUUCUGGCUUCUCCUGUUUCUCAUGAAGCACCCAGAAGCCAUGGAGGCAGUGAAAAACGAGGUUGAUGAGGUCCUCCGUCAAACCGGACAGGAAGUGAAGCAAGGUGGUCCAUUGAUUAAUCUGACCCGAGACAUGCUACUUAAAACCCCGGUUCUGGACAGCACCGUGGAUGAGGUCCUGCGCAUGACAGCUGCUCCCAUGCUCACAAGAGCUGUAAUGGAAGACAUGACCCUGAAAAUGGACAACGGGCAUGAAUACAAGAUCCGCAAAGGUGACCGCGUGGCCCUCUUCCCUUACACUGCUGUCCAGAUUGACCCGGAGGUGCACCCUGAUCCACACACCUUUAAAUACAACCGCUUCCUCACACCUGAAGGUGGGAAAAAGACCAAAUUCUACAAAGGAGGAAAAAAUCUAAAGUACUACAACAUGCCGUGGGGUGCUGGGACCAGCAUGUGUCCCGGGAGGUUCUUUGCAGUCAGCGAGCUCAAGCAGUUCAUCUUCCUCAUGCUUACAUAUUUUGACUUUGAGUUGAAAAACCCGGAUGAAGAGAUCCCAGAUAUUGAUGUGACACGUUGGGGAUUCGGGACGAUGCAGCCAACAUGUGACAUCCCGUUCAGAUAUAGACUCAGGUUUUAAAAUGUUCAUGUUAUUAACAUUCUACACUUUACCUGAUUGUCAGUGAUGAUGAUGAUGAUGAUGAUGAUGACGAUGAUGAUUACUGUAUUUUUGCUAAAUAUUUCUGAAAUAUAUAAGAAGUCAUGUUUAAGGGUAUCUCAGCCACUUUAAUUUACCUUUACUUUUUAAUCGUAUGACAUGUGAAUUUUAUUCUAUGUUGUUGUGUUCUAUGGAAAGCACUUUAACGCUUUUGUUGAACAAACAUUAUGUAAUUAGUACAAUCACCACUCUAGAUUUUUACUAUUAAACAUGAAUUGGAAAUGGUGACAUAAAACCUGUGUGAGAAGAUUAAACACACACACACACACACACACACA